AUGAAGGCUAAAUUAAAACGUGAAUAUGAAUUCGAUUCAGACGAUGAACAUGCGACCGAGCUCAUGACGUACGAAGAAAAGCGGCAACUUUCUAUGGAUAUAAAUAUGUUGUCUGUUGAUAAAUUGGAGACUGUUGUCAACAUAAUUGAAGCUCGCGAGAAGAUUAAAGAUUUUGAUCCGGAUGAAGUUACGAUCGAUUUUGAGACGCUCAAACCGGUGACACUUCGGGAGUUGGAAGCUUAUGUCAGAAUGGUUCAGCGACAGGCUAAUAAUGGUUUUAAAAUCAGUGCUCACAAGGAAUCGGUGCUUCCAAAGGAUUUUAUUGAGGGUGACUAAAGUACAAUUUAUCUUUAAGUUUUGCAUAAAUUUUGUUUUUGUCCUGUAAUUUAUUUGAAUUUUUGUUUCAAUAAACGCUUCCUUGAAUUUUUUAAAUUUUGUCACACAUGUUUUUCUCAUUUUGUAUUU